AUGGUUAGAUUAGUUAGGGAAUAUGAACAGAAUUAUCAAAUACCACAAAUAAAAAAUUCUGAUAUUUAAGAAAAAUUCGACAAACAUAUUUAAGACAAUCGAUCAUCGAUUUUCUAUAAUUUAUUUUUAUUUAUUUUAUUGAUAGAGUUUAGUUCAGAAGGUUUGCAUUUGGUUUAUCUUUAUCCUUAAAGUUAACCAUUUUAGCAGCCAAGUUUUGGUAAUAAAAGUAUAAGCAGUACUUAAUAUACUCUAAUACAUAUAAUUCUUUCUUCUAGUGGCUUCAUAUUCGGAAUCUUUUCAGGAUAUGUAAAUGAUUUUGUGAAGAGGAAAUAUUCUUUUAUGAUCUACUUGGUACCUUAUUACACUAUAAUAAUAAUGCAGGUGUUCUUAAUGAUACAAUAUAUUUACUAUGAUUAAAGCUAUUAUGUUAUUAAUAAUAACGACAAACUUAAUAUGAAAUAAAUAGUAUUAAUUAUUGAAUUCUUCUGGCAUAUGAUUCAAGAUGGCUACAAAGUUGUUACUUAUCUGAUUAUUCUUGAUUAUUUUCUUAACGAAAAAUAUUACUUCUAUUUUGCAUUGAUUAUUGUUGCUUAAUAAGACUUUAGCUAUACAUUAUAAAUAGGUGUCUACUCCUUUGUUGUUUAUUUCUAGCACAAUAAUUUUUAUAGCGAAUACUAUGAACCAGAUAAUGCUAAUAUCUAAAAUGCACCAACUCUUAGCAGCACAUCACGAAUUGUUUUAUUAGUAUUUUACUUAACAAUAUCUCUGUGCUCUAUAAUACCUUUUAAAAGAAUUCUUAAAAUUUUAGAAGAAAAGCACUCGAUAGAAGAAUAAGACGAAGAGCUACUUAAUUACAACAUAUUAGGAGCUAAUAAAUAAAAUGUAUUUGACAACUUUUCAUACCUAAUCAACAAAAAAACAUAUAUUGUCUAUGUGAUUAUUUUUAUCAUCUUCUACUAAACAUCCCUUUUUUAGUGGAUUGCCACUUAUUAAAACUCGUUUUUUUUAGAUUAUGCAAAUAAGUUGAAUAUUAAUAAUGUUCUAAUACCAAUCAAUAAUAUCCUAAAUCCAAUAUUUUCUAUAAUCUUCACUAUUUAUUUUGCUUAUAAAUUUAAAGACGAGACUAAUCCCUUCGGAUUAUAACUUGACUAAAAACUGAGAUUAUCAUGCACAGCUAUUUAAAUCUUUAAUUUUUUUAUGCUUAUUGCUAAUUCUUGUAGAUCAAAAGAUUGCUAAGAUGGAUUAAUUGGUAACUCAAUUUUAGAAAUUUUCCUCUCUGUGAUGUACAUUUGCAGCUCCUUUAUAGGUACAGCUUCAAAUUUUUUACUAAUGUGCUCAAUACUUAAAAUUGCUGAAAUAUUUAAUGUUAGAAGCAAAGUAUUAGGAUCAGCAUUUAGCAUUUAUAUUUCAGCUUUGUAUGGAUUUGAAGUAAUUGACUAUUUAAUGUAUAACUACCCUAGUUCAAGUUCUUUCUCUACAAUUCUCUAUAGUGUCUAUUUUGCUCUUAACUCUCUUUCUCUUUUUGCUAUGAUUAUAAUACAUUCUAAGUACCACAAAACUGUAAAAGUUCACUGA